CGCACAGCGCUGUGCUGUGACCUUCCGAACCCGCCCAACGACGAGCAUAUAAAAGCACCGCGCUGGUGGCGAGCUGCAGUCGUGUCAUCCCGCAGCACCAUCGUCAAUAUGAAAUUCCUGAUCGUCUCCUGCCUUGUCGCAUUCGCGGCCGCCGACGUGUCCCACAUCGUGGGGCACAGCGAGCGCGACGCCAAGAUCCUGAAACAGGACCUGGACGUGGGGGUGGAGGGGCAGUACCAGUGGGUCGUCGAGACGGAUAAUGGGAUUUCGGCACAGGCGAGAGGCGCCCUGAACAACCCUCAGGCCGAAAACCCAGCUCAAGUAGUGCAGGGACAGGCCCAGUGGACCUCCCCCGAGGGUGAGGUGGUCCAGUUCGCGUACACCGCCGACGAGAACGGUUACCAAGUACAGGGCUCCCACGUGCCCACGCCCCCGCCAGUGCCCGAGGCGAUUAUACGCGCUCUGGAGUACAUCAGAGCGCACCCGCCAAAACCCGAAGCGUAAACAACGAAACAACCGCCUAUUUCCGUUAACCCACUUAACAUUAACGGAUACUCGUUACACUUGAAUAAAUUACUCUAGUAUCAAAAUUUUCGUUCAAUACUCUCCAAACGGAACUCAAUUGAGUGACACUCAACGUUGAGUGUCACUCAAUUUUGAGUGUCCGUCGAGGAGUUUAGUGUUUUUACUAAUGUUGUCAUUUUAAGUGUUACUCUAAGUGUAUAGUGUUAUUUUUAUAUACUUUUAUAAAAUAUAAAUUAUUUCAAAAA